GAGUGCAAGGUCUAUCUAUAAAUAGAAGAGCUUGGCAUUGUAGUUAGAGAACUUCAGAGGAAACCAAAGGUUGGUGCAAAACAUGAGGUGUUCACUAGGUUAUGAUCUGAUGAACAUCAUGAAGAGUAACAAACCUUUUAUUGGGGUCCUACUUAUCCAAAUUAUGUACGCGGGCAGGUCCUUGUUUGCAAAAGCAGUUAUUUCUAAAGGAAUGAACCCUUAUGUGUUUGUUGCAUAUCGCCAAGCUUUUGCCACACUUUCCUUAGCUCCCUUCGCUUACUUCUUCGAAAGUAAUAAGUCAGCUUCCCUAUCACUGAACUUACUUUGCAAGAUCUUCUUUGUGUCUUUAUGUGGGAUUACUCUGAGUUUAAAUCUCGACUCUUUGUCGAUGAAUUACACCUCUGCAACUUUCGCUGUGGCCAUCACCAAUAUAGUUCCUGCUUUUACCUUUAUCAUGGCUGUUUUCUUAAGGAUGGAAAGCAUUUCCAUAAAAAAAAGGCAUGGAUUAGCCAAGAUUGUGGGUACUGUGAUCAGUCUUUUGGGGGCAUUGGCAUUUGUUUUUCUUAAAGGACCUCCAAUAUAUUCAGUUAGCCACAAGGAGAAUUCAGUCCCAUCAUCUACAGAGUGCUAUUCCAAAGGGGACUGGUUAAAAGGCUCACUUGCAGCAAUCUCAUCCAACAUAGCAUGGUCUUUGUGGAUUAUUAUGCAGGGUCCCAUUGUGAAGGAAUAUCCAGCACUACUACGACUAACAACCCUACAAACCUUCUUUAGCAGCAUACAGUCAGCAAUUUGGGCAGUUGCUGCGGAGAGAAAUCUAUCCUCAUGGAAGCUUGGAUGGGAUGUUAAUCUCCUUUCCAUCAUCUAUUGUGGUUUAGUUUCAACUGGGAUUACUUACUGGUUGCGGAUUUGGAUUAUAGAGAAGAAAGGCCCUGUUUUUCUAGCAGUGUUCACUCCCUUAGCACUGGUCAUUACUGCCAUCUCAUCAGCAAUUCUGUGGAAAGAAACCCUUCAUUGGGGAAGCGCUUGCGGUGCUGUGCUGCUGAUAUGUGGCCUCUACGGAUUCUUGUGGGCAAAACACGAGGAAGGAACAGCUGAGAAAAAUGAUGAAGGAAAAGCCGAGAAAGUUGAACAAAAAUCGGACACCAUAGUGGAAAAUGCCUAAUAGUGACUGAUUGAUUGCAUGGUGGGAUAGGGGUUGUUGCAAAUGGCUUUGAUAAAGACAUUUCCCAAUUUUAGGGGCAUACAAAAUAUAUAUAUAUAUAUAUAUAUAUUUCUCACUAGGGUUUCUAAUUGGAAUUAAGAAGCUUGUAGGGUCCACCCUUAGCUACCCUUCAUUUUGAUUGGUUACUGAGAAUUCAAGGAAAAAAGAAAAGAAAAAAGAAAAGAAAAUGUCUUAUAUAUAUAAUAAUCACAGGCACAUUUAAACAGA